UUCAUGGCGGUAGACAAUAAGCAAAGAGGAGUAAAUCUAACAAGAAAGUUCAACAAGUGGACUUUUUAUUGGAGAAAAUCGAUAGAACAGAGAAUGCCGUGGUUUGACGCCAAAGGAACUCAUAAAAAAGCCUUGCUGACUACAUCCAGUAGUCCCACCUAUUACCCUGCGGGUUCUAUCAUCUGGGGUGGCACAAACCGACACCCCGCCGACUGGAUGAGCCAGGUUGGAAUGAGAGACCCGGGAGUGAUCUGGUACUGGUUAAAUGAGGACGACUGUGACAAAGAUAGAAAACCAGUUGAUGGCGGAUUAACCGAGUGGGGAGACUGGGGUAGAUGCGACAAGUUGUGUCAACCUGGCAAGCAAAGAAGGUUCAAAACGUGCACAAACCCCAGUCCACAAUGCGGAGGAAAGCGAUGUGAUCCUCGCCUCGUUACCAAGGAGGAAAGAGACUGCACCUAUUGCCCUGAAAGUGGAAUACGAAUGUACAACGAUUACUGUGUGGCCCCAAAUGAGGGGGGCUGUUCCCCUCCUGAUGGCGCUUACCUCAUUGCAACGAAAAUAGAAGGCACUUCAUGUAAUGCGAUUGACCAGAUUUUCCUUCUGGACGAGGACGGAGUAAUCCAUCACAAGUGCAGCAAGAAAGUCAUCUGUCCUGAGGGAAAUUAUCCUGGCUAUACCAGAAAACUCAUGCUGAAGGACGAAUGCGACCUGAGCGUUUUCAAGCACGAGAGGGUGUCGCCGAGUAAUGCAAUGAAGAAUUUGAAAAAUAAGUUUUGCAUUCAUCCCAAUGGUGGAUGGCCAAAAGAGGGUGGAUAUCUCGUUUAUUACAAGGGAUGUGGCGGCAAUCGGUUGAGGUUCUACUUCUUUGAUCUUGAUUCCUCAACUGCUUGAUGCUGGAAGAAUGACAGCAUAACACCUCCGCUUCGUGAUGGUUUUAGUUGAUAAGAAAAAAACGGAGGUGUAACAAAUGAAAA